AAGCAUACGCCUACAAUAUUUUACGCAGAAGUAGUACGCCAGAGGGCCUACACGCCUAGUCAAACUUAAAAGCUUGAUGUGGCUAUUUUUUCCGGACCAAAUAAACAGCUUGAUUUUUAUCAGGUGUGAUGCGUCAACAGGUGCUUUCAAUUGGUAUGCUUAGUGAUCUUGGCCCACUGCUCUUGCUGUAGGCCUACAUCUCGUCUGAGCCUCGACUACUCUUCACACUGUCGACUGAAAUAUUUUUCCAGAAAAAUAAGGAUAUGGAUUUAUGGCUUCUGCCUCUGUCUGUUAUUUGGUUCGUCAUUUCAUCAAGCGGAUCCUCAAAAGGUCACAGUGGGGAUGGCAUGCUAACAGCUAAAGCUUCAGUUACUGGGGUGAAAUUAGAUGAUGAGCACUAUCAGGCUGGUGGGCAAGUACAAGACCAAGCAGCCCAGCUCCCAUCACCGUAUUUGCAGCUGCCAAUGUUCCAGCAUUCCAGGGUUCCGCUGGUUGCCAAAGACCACUUUUCCCCAUUAAGUGGAGAAGGACACGAAAAGCUCCCCAGUAACAUCAAGGAAAUCUUACUGCCCGUCUCUCCACCCGUUAAGAAGUCGCGGCAUUCAGGUGGGGUACGUGGAGUUGUGAUCAAGUGUAGAGUGAACAAGAUGGAAGUAAGGAUACCGAAACGACUUUUGGGCGAUUUGUCUUCGCACUCGCAUCUUGCGUUUGGAACGUGCCAAGCCAACAACUUCACAAAACACUACAUAUCUUUCGUGUACGACGUAUAUGAGUGUGGGAGUAGGCGGACGAUCGUGAACAAUCGUGUGGCGUACGCCAAUACACUCCAAUAUGCUCCUGCAAUCACCACGGGUCCCAUACGACGCGUGAUUCCCUUCACGUUGCCCAUUACAUGUCACUUUAACAGGUUCCACUACUCCUACAAAAUUGGCUAUAAACCAAAGGUGCAGACGCAAAAGUUCUUCAAAUCCAUGACGAGCAGACACGCUGUCUACACACUCACUCCCUUUGAUGCGCAUUGGAGACGACUCAACGCCUCCGGUGGGUAUGCCAUCGGGCGGCCAAUGUACUUUGAAGCAGAGGGACCCCCGAUGGAAAUCGAUGGGAGACUUUACAUACACUCCUGCCAUAUAACUGCUAACAAGUCAUACACUUCUGAGCCUCGCUUUGCAGUCAUCGACAACUUUGGGUGUAUGACUGACAGCAAAUCUAGCAGUGAGUCUAGAUUCAUAUCCUACACUAGGAAUGCAGUAAGGUUUUCUGUGGGUGCCUUUGUGUUCCAGGGAGUGACUAACAAGCAAAUGUUCAUGCACUGUGAGAUGUCCGUGGGAGGUGAGACUCCAACAGAGAGUGACAAGUCCUGCUCCUACAACCACAAGACCAAAAGGUGGGAUGAACUGCAUGGCCUUGACUUGGUGUGCUCUUGCUGUGAAUCCACAUGCAUCUCCCCACCUGCUGCCACUAAUAAGAUGGUGUCCAGUGGGGCCUGGUCUGUGGGGUCUGAUGCCAAAGGAACCAGCAAGAUGAUGCCUCCACAGCAGCCUGAGAAACAGCCAAGAUCAACAGUAUCUCCACAUGAGCCUGAGGAAGAUGCCCAGGAGAUGAUGCUUCCACUGUGGCCUGAGAAACGGCAACGAGCAACAUUAUCUCCACAUGAGCCUGAGGAAAAUGCACAGGAGAUGACGCCUCCACUUUGGCCUAAGAAAGAGCUGCGAGCAACAGCGUCUCCACUGUGGCCUGAGGAAGACAUGCAGGAGAUGUUGCCUCCGCUGUUCCCUGAGGAGGAAGAACGGGAGCCCGAGAAUAUCCAGACUAUCAUGGAUACGGGGAGGCCAAUCACUGCCUCCGUAGAGGAUGACGAGCAGCGGGGAACUGAACCACGUCGAAUCUUUGAGGAAAUAUUUGGGUUGAAUUGAGUUGUUUGCCAUAUUGGUCUUUUUAUUUAAAAUUUCAAUUGAUUUAAUUUAAUUUAUUUUAUUUUAUUCAUCACUGUACAGAUUUAUUUUAUUCUAUUCGUUCACAUUCAUUGGAAAAUGUAAAAUAAUGUAUUAUUUUGCUGUUAUAUCUUUAAAUGGUGUGGUUGUUCAUACCUAAUCCAAGCCAAUAAACCUCUGUUUAAUUUUGUGCUUCACAGAAGAA